CCUCCAUUUUAUUCGUUUCCUGUUUGUUUUUUAGUCCCCCCGUUUUAUGUUCCCUGCAUUUGCUUGCCCUGUAAUUCAACAUCACCUUGCAAACUCUUCAAGAUUUUGGAUGAAAUCUGGUUGGAUCUUGCUUUUGUGGGACGUGGAUUUUGGUGGGUCUUUUUUCCAUACAUAACUCUUCUUCUCCCUCACUCCUCCCCUAGCCUCCCCAUCCCACAAACCAUCCCCCUCCCCUCUCCGCCAUAACAAACGCCGGUCCUGUGGAAAAGCAAGCAACGCUCAUUCUCCUCCGCUCUGAUCUGUAUUUCCUAUCUCCCGCGAUUCUGGGUUUUGUCUUGCGUCCGGAAUCUAUGCCAAAUGGGAAUGGCCGCGGAGUCCCAAUUUCAUGUCUUGGCCGUAGAUGAUAGCCUCAUAGACAGGAAGCUGAUUGAGAGGCUGCUCAAGACCUCUUCCUAUCAAGUUACUACGGUGGAUUCUGGUAGCAAGGCUUUGGAGUUCCUGGGCUUGCGCGACCGUGACCAGAUCGACCCCGGCACGCCAUCGGUUUCUCCUGGCAGCCAUCAGGAGGUGGCGGUGAAUCUUAUUAUUACGGACUACUGUAUGCCUGGCAUGACAGGCUAUGAUUUACUCAAGAAAAUCAAGGAAUCUUCGUCUUUGAGAAACAUACCGGUGGUGAUUAUGUCGUCGGAGAAUGUGCCUUCAAGAAUUAGCAGAUGCUUGGAGGAAGGAGCAGAGGAGUUUUUUCUCAAGCCAGUGAGGCUGUCGGAUUUGAACAGGCUUCGACCCCAUUUGAUGAAGACAAGGUUGAAAGAACAAAAGCCUGAGACGCAAGAAAAUCCUGAAACCCCACUAGUUAAACCAGUUGAAAAUCAAAUUGCUGUGCAGCAACCUACACCACAGCCACAACUAGAUCAACAACAACCACAAUCACCACAAGCAGCCGGUAGUAACAAGAGAAAGGCCAUAGAACAACAGGGGCUUUCACCUGAGACUGACAGAACGAGACCAAGAUACAGUGACAUUGCCACAGUUGUGUGAUCAAUCAUGUGAAGUAUAUUUCUGAAAUUACAAUAUGUAAUUCUCAUAUGACCGUUUUUUUCUUUUUUUAAAAAUCCUUUUAACGUCUUAACUCCAGUGUUGGAUAAUAGAUGCUUUAUACGACUGUAGAGAGAGUUGCCUCCUGUACACAUCUCCUGGAAAAUCCGCUUCCAAUUUUGUUUCCUCAAACAUACCAACAAAAAAAGUAGAGAAAUUCAGCUGAUUUAUUUCGGUUGUC